UGUUACGGUUGCUAUAACAACUCGGUAUGUUCCAGGUAGGGUGGUCCCAAUUUUUGUAACUUGCACUCAACCAAACACUAUCAAAACAAACGGCGACGUUAAGCAUUUAAGCAAGAAAUAUGAGUGGUAAUGAAGUAGCAAGUACUGCUGCCAAGGAGCUUGAAGAGAAGCUCUCUUUGAAGGAAAACGAAGCUCGUGAAGAAGAAGAAGAAGACGGUGAAGAAGGUGAAGAGGGAGCCGGCAAAGGUGGAGAAGACAACGCCUCUAGUGCUGAUAAGAAGAAAAAGAAAAAGAAGAAGUCUAAAAAGAAGAAAACUCCUCAAGAACAAACCGAUCCCCCAAGAGUUGGCCUUUCGAAGAUUUUCGUUAACAAGAAGUACCCUGUUGGAGAAGUUGUGGACUAUGCAGAAGAUAACCUUUGGCGUACUACCAACGAAGAGAAGCGUGCAUUAGAUCGUCAAGAACACAAUCACUGGAAUGAUUUACGCCGUGCUGCUGAAACUCAUCGUCAAGUCCGUCAACAUGCACAAUCGGCGAUUCAACCAGGCAUGUCUUUAACCCAAAUUGCGAACUUAAUUGAAGAUGGCACUCGCUCUUUGGUUGAAGAAGACGGCUUAAACUCUGGUAUCGGUUUCCCUACCGGUUUGAACUUGAACCAUAUUGCCGCUCAUUUCACCCCUAAUGCCGGUGACACUACAAUCCUAAAGGAUAAGGAUGUUAUGAAGGUUGACAUUGGCGUUCAUGUCAAUGGGCACAUCGUGGACUCUGCUUUCACUAUGUCCUGGAAUCCUGAAUGUGAUCCCCUUUUGGCUGCUGUUAAGGCUGCUACUAACACUGGUAUCCGUGAAGCAGGUAUUGAUGCUCGUAUGAGCGACAUUGGUGAAGCUAUUCAAGAAACCAUGGAAAGUUAUGAAGUUGAAAUAAAUGGCAAGACUUUACCAGUCAAGUCCAUUCGAAAUUUGUGCGGUCACGACAUAAAACAAUAUAGUAUCCACGGUUCGAAGACUGUUCCCAUUGUUAAGGGCGCGGAAGAUGUUAAAAUGGAAGAAGGUGAAGUCUUCGCCAUCGAAACUUUUGGCUCUACUGGUCGUGGUCUUGUUCACAGUGAUUUGGAAUGCUCUCAUUAUGCGAAGAGUGAUGAUGCUGGCCAUAUUCCUUUACGUCUUCCUCGUGCCAAAGCUUUGUUAAACACCAUUAAUCAAAACUUUGGCACUCUCCCUUUCUGCCGCAGAUACUUGGACCGUUUGGGUGAGUCUAAGUACUUGAUGGCAUUGAACAAUUUGGUUUCCGCUGGUGUUGUUCAAGAUUAUCCUCCCUUGCUUGAUGUCAAGGGUAGUUAUACUGCUCAAUAUGAGCACACCAUCAUCCUUCACCCUACCCAAAAAGAAGUUGUCUCUAGAGGUGAUGACUAUUAAAACGUUUCCCAACCUAAUGCUUGCAUCAUAAGCGUUGUAAUAAUUAGAAAAAACUCCGUAUUUACCAUAAUAAUUCUCCUACCUUUACCUUAGCUGUUUAAAUUUUGGUUAAUGGUUUAUAAUAUAUUGUUUCUAACCGUAUGCAGUGCCAUGCAGGCUGAAAAGCACUAGAAGGCAUUUUGAAGGUUUAGGAAGGAAUGAAAUCAGCGUUCCAUCGAAUGUAUGAUUUCACCUCUAUCCUAAGACUUGCAACGUUCAGCUCACAUGAAGUACCUUUGUUCAAAGAUUCCAUUCAACAGACUGACGUUGGCAAUAUUUGUACUGAUGAGGAUAGUAAGACAUGAGUAAUUGAAUAUGUACUCAGUUGUUUUCUCCGAUUGCAUUUGCAUAAUAUGGUGUAGAGUAGAACAAUGGAGAUGUGUUCGCUCUUUUGCCUAGAGGAUACAACUCUUUAAAGCAUGCAUCCUAUACAUAUAGAUAUAAUUUGUAGAUAGAGAAAUCUACCAUGGGCUUGGUAUUGUUGUUUUGCCAAGAGCUGAAGAAUCCUUCCAUUAUUUCGGCAAUUUGUUUUUAUGGUUACUAUGAAAGGUUCUACUCUACAAACAUAUUUCCAUUCGUUCAUUCAGGAUUUCUGCUCAUAAAACAAUU